AGUACGGGCGCCUUUUUGCGCUGGUGAAGAGCUCCUUUUGUUUUUAUUCCGUUCAUUUUUCAUAUCCAAUAUGGCUAUGCACGCUAAAGCUACACCGCCCCAGAUCCCCGACACACGCCGGGAGCUGACAGAAUUGGUGAAGAGGAAACAAGAACUUGCGGAGACCCUGGCAAACUUGGAGCGGCAGAUAUACGCGUUUGAGGGCAGUUACCUGGAAGACACUCAGAUGUACGGGAACAUCAUUCGAGGAUGGGAUCGUUACCUCACCAACCAAAAAAACUCCAACAGCAAGAAUGAUAGAAGAAACAGAAAGUUCAAAGAAGCAGAGCGUCUUUUCAGUAAAUCAUCGGUCACUUCUGUUGCGGCUGUCAGUGCUUUAGGAGGGAUUCAGGACCAGCUCAUUGAAAAACGUGAGCCUGGCAGCGGCACGGAGAGCGAUAACUCGCCGGACUUCCAGAACCAGGAGAACGAGCCGAGCCAGGAGGACACGGAGGACGCGGACGGGGCGCUGCAGGGCGUGAAGCCGCAGAAGGCCGCCUCCUCCUCCUCAGGGAGCCACCACGGCAGCCACAAGAAGAGGAAAAACAAGAACCGGCACAGCCCGUCUGGCAUGUUUGAUUAUGACUUUGAGAUCGACUUGAAGAUGAACAAAAAACCCAGAACGGACUACUAGGCCACUGGACGACCCGAGAGAAGGCAAGGGAAGGGACUCUGCAUGGGGGGGGGGGGAGGUGACGGGGCUGAAGUGCUCGGGGCUCUGCCCUUUCAGACCUCAUCGCUGUGUGGAUAUGGACUCCUCCGUUAGAAAAAUACUCAUUAACAGUGCUGCACCAUCCACCAUCUCCCCUUCCUACCAUCAAACCCCCCCCCCCCCCCCCCGAUUCUGCUCUGUAUCUGGAAGCCUCCAGUCCAUAUUCCUAACCCCCCCCGAUUCUGCUCUGUAUCUGGAAGCCUCCAGUCCAUAUUCCUAACCCCCCCCCUUCAUUUGGUGUUUUAGAGAAGCCGUGUUGUGUGUUGUAGUAAGUACUCUGGCUCGCUGCUAGGGGGCGCUAGACAUUAGACCCGUUUGGAGCACGGAACCAUCGCAUGCUGUAAGGCAGCACGCCACAUCCAUCUGUGUGACAGUGCGUGUGUGAGAGUGUGUGUGUGUGUGUGUGUGUGUGUGUGUGUGUGUGUGUGUGUGUGAAAGUGUGUGAAAGUGUGUGAGAGAGUGCGUGUGUGAGAGUGCGUGUGAGAGUGCGUGUGAGAGUGCGUGUGAGAGUGCGUGAGAGUGCGUGAGAGUGUGAGUGUGAGUGUGAGUGUGAGUGUGAGUGUGAGAGUGAGUGUGAGAGUGAGUGUGAGAGUGAGUGUGAGAGUGAGUGUGAGAGUGAGUGUGAGAGUGAGAGUGAGAGUGAGAGUGAGAGUGAGUGUGAGUGUGAGAGUGAGUGUGAGAGUGAGUGUGAGAGUGAGUGUGAGAGUGAGUGUGAGAGUGAGUGUGAGAGUGAGUGUGAGUGAGUGUGAGUGUGAGUGUGAGUGUGAGUGUGAGUGUGAGUGUGAGUGUGAGUGUGAGUGUGAGUGUGAGUGUGUGUGACCACUCCUUCUGCCUCCGUUGUGACCAGCUAAUUGGAUUUUAAAGCAGGAUUCUUGACUUUUUUUGUUUUUUUACUUUUCCUUUUUUGGUUGUGUAGUUCUGACUGUACACCUGAAUAGCUAUAUGAUUUAUUCAUUUUCUUUUUUUUGUAUUUUGUUUUGUAUUGUGUGAAAAACAAAAUUCAACCUUUGUAAGAAAAAUUAAUAAUAAAAAAAAAUAUAUGCAAAUAAAAAA